ACCUAUUUGUAUGUGUUUUUAGAGUCAGUGACUAGCAUCCCACUGCAGUCGCUAUUAGGCAUCGUGCUGUAAUAUAUAGGUCAUCACGUAGAGUCGCGUUACUCCAAUAGGAUGAAUCAAUAAUCGAUGCGCGCGGUAUUGGCAGCACCCGCGGCCAACGAAAGCGGAUCCGGACUCGUGGCAACAUUACCGGAGCCGUUUGUCAGCUGCUUAUCCCGACCAGGACACAAGUGAGUUGUGUUGGACGGACAGGACUGGAAUGUGGCUGUUCAGAUUGGACUGUCGGAACGAGGCCGAAACGCAGGUCUGGGAUAAGAGAGAAGCGGGAUGCUGAAGCGCGAUCAGGGUAGAUUCAUGUUGAUGGGAGGUGUGCCCUGAUUGUGGGUGUGUCCCGACACCUCCCACUUCCUGCAGCUUCUCCCCUCCCUAUAAUCCACUCGCUCCAUCCAGUGCAUUACUGUCACCAUGACGUCCUCCUUGCAGACCCUAGCUUUUAAGCUGGCCCCUUCCCCAAAAGAAGCUGGAUCAGAACAUUUGGGCCCCUGUAACGAUGGGGCAGGGCAACAUUAUGAGGUGGUUCCCUCGGUUGUCUGUUCGAUGUGCUGUCUUUUUGGAAUCAUCUAUUGCUUCUUCGGUUACCGCUGUUUUAAGGCUGUACUCUUCCUCACAGGUCUGAUGUUCGGUUCUGUGAUCAUCUUCUUGCUCUGUUACAAGGAGCGGGUAUUAGACACACAGCUGACCAUAGAGGCCAGCGUGGGCAUCGGCCUGGGUAUCGGAACCCUGUGCGGCCUGGUGACCAUGUUGGUACGCAGCGUGGGGCUCUUCAUGGUGGGGCUCCUCCUGGGCUUGCUGGUGGCCAUCGGGACCCUGAUAGGCAUGGAAGAGCUGUCUUCCAACCCCCCGCGAUCAGUUUGGGUGCCCCUGGGCGUGCUGCUGGGGCUGGGCAUGCUGUUCGCCGUCCUCACCCUACAGUGGCAAAGAUGCUUUACCACGCUCUCGACGGCCGUGUUUGGGGCUGCAGUGAUAGUCGUAGCCACAGAUUAUUUCGUGGAGCUCUUUGCUCUAGUGAGAUACAUUUACGAGAGGGUGAAAACGGGCCCCCGGGAACCUGUUUGCUGGAUAACGUGGGUGGUCCUGGGAACAUGGCCUGCUCUCGCCCUGUUGGGCGUACUGGUGCAGUGGAGAGUGACAGCGGAGGGAUACUCCCACACAAAAGUUAUGAUCAGUCGUCAGCAGCGGCGAGUCCAGCUCAUGCGCAUUCGGCAGAAGGAGGAUAGGAGGGAAAGCAGGAAGAAAAAGCGAAAGCAACCGCAGAACUCGAACCACACACAUGCUGCCAAAGCCCUGCACCCGGAGCCCGCCUAUCGCAGGAAGCCUAACCCUAUACGGCGCUUUGAUGGAGAUGUGCUUUCUCCUAGUUAUAUCCAGAAUUUUCGGGACAGACAGAUGGAUGGGCGGGGUUAUCAAGUGGGCGGGCUAUUGAAUCCAGGUCACACAAGUGUCGAUAUUGACUAUGACUGCGGGUCCACCGUUCCCCUCACUGCUGGGGUCGGACCAAACGUUCGGGUCUGACAACAUUCACAAAUAGAUACUGAUAAUUGAACAAACACACACACACACAUUGUACUACUCUGGUGCUGACCCGACCCUGACUCACUAGCUGUCCCACACACAUACAGGAUUGACUUUCGGACUUUCAGCAGCUCUUCGCAGUUUGGAUUUCUUCAGAAGGAAGACAACAAGAAAGAAAAAAACAAUUAUAGCACUUAAAAAAUAAAAGCAAAUGUACCACUAAACCAUAAUUGUAUUAAACAGCUGUUUUCUAACACACACAAACAAGAAACUUGGUGCGCGUUCACAUGAACGUGCCAAAUGUGUGGCAUUGUGUUCACUUAAUUGAAGCUGGGAUCCAUUUUGUCGAAUUAUUAUUAUUUUUUUUAAAUGUCAACUGUGGUAAAAUGGUGUGUUGCCUGUUCAUCGUCGUUUCGCAAUAUUGCGUUUUUUCUUGUGAGGAAUUCAUCAGUCGGUGCUGAAUCUUGUCUUUGUAUUAUAAGGCUGACAGCCCCCCUAUGCCCCACCCCUCGUAAAGUUUGUGGAUACCACCAAUCAAGUGUCUGUACUGUAAAAGCCCACAUUCCGGCCCAGGACCGUACCAAAUACCAGUGAGCAGGGGUGCCUUGCUUUCAGACUCCAGUACAGAAAAAAACACCUUAGCCUUGUGUCACAAAGGCUUUAGGACAAAGAGCCAUAAUAAUGCUGAUCAGAGCCACAUGGUCCACUCUGGGAUGCGAAACUGAACAUCUGGUGAUGAAACACACGGUAUGAGGAAUAGCAAAAUGCAGAACAUGACUGACGAUACUCAGGGACAAAGUGAAUGUUAAGGAGAAAUGACAACUGCUUUGGGGAAAUAACUUGUGGGAGAAACCCACAAGGAUGAUGAAGUGACUAAAGGUUUUUCCUUGGAUUUGUGGCAUGCGUACCUACAGGGAUCUCACCAUGACUGUUCAGUUAUCGCCGUGUAUGAAACUAGUCUGCAGUGCCAUCCAAGUGAUCGUGGAGGACUUGAUGGUUGAGAACUUUUUCAAAAAGACCCCCAUAAUCCUUAGGGGCAAACUGCAUGAAGUAAUUGCCCAUGUUUUUUCAUCACAAUGCAUUCUCACACCCAAUCUUAGAUGAACAAUUGAAAGCAGAUGUUUUCACCAUAUUUCUCUCUUAACUCUUUUUUUUUUAUUCUGCAAAGCAGAAACAUUUACGUUAUGUACAUAAAAUGCACAUUUAGUAUAUUCAUUUCAACAUGGCUUCUCAUAUUUAUUAGAUAUCGGUUAAUUUCUUACUUAUUGAUCAAGGGAUUUCUAAACCCUGACAUGUUAAUGGAUGGUUGUACGUAUUUAUUAGUUUGUUUGUUUGUUUUACAUAACGAGUCAUGUUUUCUAGUUUCUGUCUGAUAACAGAGGGCGGUCUCAAAGACUAAAGUAAUAAGACCCCAUCAUGCAAUGAAAUCUUUGACAAUCUGACAUAAACAGUUUUUGUUUAUUAUUCGGACACUGUACAACAGCAUGUGUUUGUAUGGGCCUGGUAAUUAUGGUAAACCGUGUAAAUUCA